GGUGACUCCUCUGAUUCUAUGCUUUCAAGGGUACUGGAGCAACUUGUUGACAUAUAUGGUGCAAUUAGAGAGAAGAAAGCAAUUGAGUCUGCGGUGAUUAAAGACUGCAAAACUCUCCUCAAGCCAUGGCCAAGAAAUAAGAAAAAAAUUAAAAAGGUGCAGGAUGACACCCAGGAAGUUGUUAAAGACCAAGAAAAAGGGAAGGGGAAAGAAGAUAUGGAAGCAUUGAUACUUAGUGAAGUUGAACUAAUGUUGGCAAAAGCACAGAAUGCAAGGGAUGUACUUGCUAAGACUGAUCAGGGAAAUGAACAAAAGACCAAAGGAAUUACAGCACGAAAACAGGAAUCAAAAACUUUGCGAAAAGAACAAGGAAUUAAUAAUGAAAGAGUUGAGACACACAGUGAAGAGCAGUAUAGAAAAGAAACCUCCCAGUCAGGAUCCCAGUUACUUCAGUUACCAAACACAUCCACAAAAUCUGCUGUUCCAAACAAAAAAAUUAAAGGAGCAGCAACAGGACUAUCAAACAAAGACAGUUCCAUAAAGAUCUUAGAAACAGAAUUAAAGCACUUGAACAGUAAACUAUCAAAGGUUAAAAUUUCUUCAUCGUUUAGUAAUCAUUAUUCAACUUCCUCCUCUGAAAUUGGAAAGUACAGUAAAAGACCUAGUUCAGAGGUCACCAGCAGUUGUUCUCGUAAAUCUUUGUUGUCAAAAUCAGGCAAUGAGAGGAGAAGGGUUUCUGCUGCUAACACUAGCAAGCAGCGUAGAGCUGAUGAAAAGAUAAGGACUGGAACUACUAACACUAACAAGCGACUUACAAUUAGAGGGAAUAAAACUGCGCACAAUGCACAAGUCCUCGCUAGAAAAAUAAUGAAAAGCGCCCCAAGUCGUUUUCAGGUUGGGAAUGAAGAAAGUUCUAGGUGUAAAUCAGCAGGGGCAGAUGAUGUGAAAAAGAAGAGUUGUAAGCCCUCUAAGGGAUUUAGUUCAAGUUUGGGAAAUGCUACGGUUAAGAAUGAAAGUGAUUCUCAAGAUGAUGAAUUGCUGGAUGUUGAUGAAGAAGGUGAUGAGCCACCAUUUUUAUUGAAAACUGAUGGCACCAAAUUGAGUUUUCCAUUACAUUUCCAAAGACUUUACAAUACCCAGGAAGUUCUUAUCAACAAAGUGUCGGAGGUAUUCUCAGGAUCCAAACCUACGACCGCAUGUCAGCAUUUCCUUGAGCGUGUCAACUCAAAGUUACUGGGAAGAACUGAAGCAAGUUUUUCACUUUAUGAACAUGACAUGAGGUACCAAAAACUGAAACAGGAGUAUGAACAGCUAAUCAGCACAGCAGACCAGCAGUUACUAGCCUUCCAUCAAGUAUCAUUAGAUAAAUCAAGUUGGCAAGAUCUUUACCAGAUAAAAAUGUAUAUGGAGCUAAUCUAUAACCGAUCACAACAACUGUUAACAGAGAUUCAAGAUUUUGAAAAGAAUGAAGUCCAGUACUGUGGAAUCAUUGAAAGAGCCAAGUCUAAAUUAGGGGUAACCAGUAGCACAAACAACCUUCCAUCAACUUACUUCCUUCCACAUGAAAGCCAAGAUAUCAUUGAGGAUAUUUACCCACAAAGGCUUUCACCUGUGAAAAUAGAAUACUCAAACCUGCAUGAAUUGCAGAGGCUAGUUGUUCUACAACUAGAGGUACAGGCUUUGGAAGUUGAACACCAAAUACAGAAGUUAUUAUCAGAAGAGAUGUUGCCAAUUCUUGCAGCAAUGGACAAGGAAGAUCCAGGAUUUAUGCAGUGUUAUCGUUCCUUGUAUGGACUCCUGUGCUAUAGUGGAGAACAUUUCCCAACGAUCAUUGUUGAUGUCGAUGAUUAGUUCAGGAAUGCCAUACUACUAUACUUAAGGAUUUGAAAUUGUCUUUUAAAUAUAUAUAUAUUUUAUUAAUUUUGAAGUUUGGCUUGUUGCAUUCAGGGUGUAAGGUAAAAAUGGCCCCGGUAAAAAUGGCCUCAAAUUACAGGUAGGUAAAAUUGGCCCCAAUAAUAAAAUUCUGUAUUAAAACUGAUUUUCUUAAAAUCAUUAUAUGCAAAAAAAAAAAGCCAUGAAUAAAACUUUUUAUUUUUUUUCCAUUUAAAUGUUAAAAAAUAGCAACUACAUAAUCAAUAAAUCAACAUAAAUCAUGCAUUUAAAAUACUGAAAUAAUUUAUUUGUGGCCAAUUUCAUGGAAGCGGAAUCACAAUUUUCCAGAAAUUUAAUCCGGGUAUUGGUAAACCAUUAUAAAUACUAAAUUGCACAUAAAGUUGUAUUGUAUUGCAAGUACACACACAAGCACACCCUGUUUGUUCCAAUUACUUAUUGUUAGUUAGAAAUGGUUACUUAUUGCAAAUAAACUAAAUAUAGGUGACAUACAGUAGAAUAGAACUAAUUUGAAAUUUGCACAUUAAUUAUAAUCCUGCAUUCACAUCAUGAUUACAUAUAUGUUUCUGAAAUAAAGUCAAAGAAAAUUGUUUUUAAUUUUUUAUUUUACAGAAAGAUAUCGGUGUUCUAUAAUGAAUUCAGCAGACUUUGACUUUUUUUUCAUUUGGAUAGUGAUUGCACAUUGAUUAUAAUUCUAAAUUUACAUCAUGAUUACAUAUACGUUUCUGAAAUAAAGUCAAACAGAAAAUUG